AUGUGUCUGUGUGUGUUUCCUGCAGAUGUCCAGCAGCUGUUGGUUGUUAAAGAAAAAGUUCCACCUGAGCAGGAGUGGAGCCCCAGUGUGAACCAGGAAGACCAAGAGCCCGCCCCAAACAUUAAAGAGGAACAGGAGGAACUCUGGAGCAGUCAGGAGGGAGAGCAGCUUCAAGGGCUGAAAGAGGCUGAUAUAACAUUGACUCUUGUCCCUGUGAAAAGUGAAGAUGAUGAAGAGACAUUUUUGGAUAUUCAUCGAAGACAAACUGAACAUAUGGAAACAGCAGCUGAUGGAGAAGACUGUGGAGGACCAGAACCAGCCAGCAACUCAGAUCCAGAUAGGCAUUUACAAUUCAAUACUGAGGACAGCACUGGCGACUCUUCUGAACUUGACACUGAAGACAGUGCUGAUUGGAAUGAAAGCAGAAAACCUCAGUCAGGUUCAAACUCUCUGAAAAAGGAUGGAGGUUCUGUCAGUGACUCAAGAAGUAGUGCUGAAGAGAAACCAUUCCUCUGCUCUGAGUGCGGGAAAAUAUUUGGCCACAGGACAAAUCUGAGGAACCACAUGAUGACUCAUACAGGAGAGAAACCAUUCAGUUGCUUAGUUUGUAAGAAAUAUUUUGCACUGAAUUACAGGUUACAACACCACAUGAGAAUCCACACGGGAGAGAAACCUUACAGCUGCUUAGUUUGUGAGAAAACUUUUAGACUGAAUGGUAAUUUAUACACCCACAUGAAAAUCCACAAAGCGAAUGAUCAAGUCUCUGCCAGUGGUUCAAGGUGUAGUGCUGUUGAGCAGCCAUUUGCUUGUCUCGUGUGUAAAAAAAGUUUGGGGAGCAAGAAAAGCAUGCAUAGACACUUGAUAACUCACACAGGAGUAAAAACAUUCUGCUGCUCAGUUUGUGACAAGCGUUUUUCACAAAAAGGAAAUAUGAAUAUACACAUGAAAACUCACACAGGAGAGAAACCUUUCAGCUGCUCAUUUUGUGACAAAAGCUUUUUGCGAAAGGCACACCUUAAACGACAUGCGAUGACUCAUACUGGAGAAACACCAUUUAGCUGCCCAGUCUGCAAGAAAUCCUUUACGAGGAGUGAUUAUUUAAAGGAACACAUGAAUAUCCACACGGGAGAAAAACCAUUCAGCUGCUCAGUAUGUAGUAAAUCUUUUAAGCUGAGCAGUAAUCUACUGAAACACACAAGAAUCCACACAGGAAAGAAACCUUUCAGUUGCACUGUUUGUAAGAAAUCUUUUAUAUUGGGUGAUAUUUUAAAAAGACACAUGAGAACUCACACAGGGGAGAAACCAUUCAAAUGCUAUGUUUGUAAUAAAACAUUCGCCUGGGCUCAUCAGGUAAAAAAACAUAAAUGUGAUGGUCCUCAAUCCUCACAGCUUAAUCCGAUUUAGGUUGCAGUCGAAUUGUCAGUUUAGCUUAGCAGCCUUCCUAACAGAGUGAACUGACCCGGAAUUACCUCAGUGGCAGCUGUUCGAAUUCUUUAGAUCAGUGAUUCCCAAACGGUGUGCCUCACGGCACACUGGUGUGCCGUGAGGCAAGUCCGGGUGUGCCGUGGUACACUGGUGUGCCGUGAGGCAAGUCCGGGUGUGCCGUGGUACACUGGUGUGCCGUGACUCAAGUCCGGUUGUGCCGUGGGAUUUUGUGACAACCAUACGUUAUUAUUGCAAUAUACCUCUACACAAAAAUUAUUAUUUUCUUAUUUACUAUAUCAGUACUUUGUAUGCACUCAUUUCAUAAUACAGAGGCAAACUCUAUACCUAAAAACAAUUCUUUAAAAAAGAAUCCUCACAGAACCCCAUAUUUCACUGUUAACGCAGUUGCACAGGUGGGAAUUAUAAGAACGUGACACAUCAAAGGCUGAAAGACAACAUUAAAACAGAGAAACACGCAAGAGGGAAAAUGGAGCGCUUUCUUGUGCGGAGCAAACCACCAACCACCAGUGCGGAGACUGCCGACAACCCACCACCAAAAGAAAAGAGGAAAAGAACUGUCAGCAGACAGUAUCAUGAAAGUUACCUGUCUUAUGGCUUCAGUUGGACCGGGGAUGUCAACAAUCCUCAGCCCGAGUGCGUCGUCUGUCGGGAGAAGUUAGCUAAUGCGAACUUGGUUCCAAGCAAGCUGAAGAGGCACUUGGAAACCAAACAUCCCUUCCAUGUUCAGAGAAACUUGGCCUACUUCAGAAGAGCGUGGGAUCUGAACCAGAGGCAGCAAGACCGUUUGUUGGAUUGUGUGAAAGUGUCUGAAAAGGCAAUGGAGGCUAGUUACAUUCUAGCGGAGCUCAUUGCAAAGCAGAGAAACCUCACACAAUAGCGGAGACACUCAUCCUCCCCGCUUGCAAAAAAAUUGUAGGUGUCAUGCUGGGUCCAGAUGUCGCAAAUGAGCUAUCCAAAGUGCCGUCGUCUGAUAAUACAAUCAAAAGAAGAAUCGACGACAUGUCAGAAGACAUUGAGCAACU